UGUCAUUCAAAGAUAAAAUUUCGCCUACGAACAGGGCAUGAGAAAAAAAAUUUCACGCGAAAGUCAUGCGCUACCACCGAAAUUUUCUGGUAGCACCCUGUACUAAGCGAGGAAGAGCAUCACGCACGCCUCACGCACGCCUCACGUACGCCCCCAUUCAUCAUGGAGACAGUGAGCGUGGAAGACUUCGAUUACUCCGUGCUGGAGGAGGCGGACUUGGAAGAGGCGAAGGAGCUGGUCGCCACGGACCUCCUCAGGCGAGCGCCGCUCUUCUGCUACAUGGACUCGGUGACCCCGGAGGACUUCCGCUUCCUCGCUGACGUCUUCGUGGGGGGGCUGGUGAGGGACAAGGUCAGUCUCAAGGCCGUUCAUCGGCCCUCGGGGAGGAUGGCCGGGCUGCGUCUCGCUUUUCGGUGCGGGCCGUGCGGGUCCCGCUUUGCGGACGCUUUCAAGGAGAACUUUCAACGCUUCCAUCCCCAGAUUCAGAGCGUCUUCAGCCUGGCGGAUCGGGAGCAAGAGGCCUGCCUGGGAAACCUUUUCGAGAGGCACCGGGUCAAGGAGUAUCUCAGCUUCUACGGGCUGAGCGUGAAGGAGGAGUUCGACGGGAGGAGGGUGGCCCAGACCCUCAUGAGGCUCUCGCUCAACUAUUAUAGGUGCGUCCUU